AUGACCACUAAUCCAGUAAGUUCCUCAUAGUACAUUGACAUACUAACUGAUUGGACAUUCUACCAAAAGAGUCAAAUAGUUGUGGCAUUCCUGAAAUGUUCGGAAUUGUUUAAUUGCCUAUUCUAGUGCAUUAAAUGUAGUUAUUACAUUGUAGCAGAAGAGUGGUCAAACUGUUUAAUUUCACUUGACCUUUUCAUCUUGUUUACUGUAUGUCUUCUUCACAGUACCAGGAGUCAGGUCCCUACGUCACUAACGAGGGUUUCCAUGACGGUAAGGGGACUCAGGGGAGAUCCCCUCCACUCAACCCAUCUGCGGAGGAACUACCCCAGUUUGUACAGGAAGUGGGCUCUGCACCUCCCCCUGAUAGCACUGCCUCUAUACCUGACCGCAAAGGUGUCUCCCCUUUACCUUAUCUGACAGUUGUUACCUGCAUACACUUUGUCCUCUUCCUGUCAGACUGUGUUAUUGGAAUUAAGCAACAAAAAAAUGUUUUAAACUUUUUUAGUAGUACAAAUGAGUAUGUCUUUGAUGUUAUGUUAAAGAAGAAUGUAGAAGAAUUUGUCCAUAUUCCUUAACCUGUUUCAGGUGGGAGGAACGGGUGCAUCAAGUACUUAGUGACCACUGUCAUCAGUGUGCUCCUUCUCCUAUUGGUUGCUGUGAUCUUGCUUGGAUACUACUGUAAGUAUGUGUUUUUCCCUCAUCAUUUGGCCUCAACCCUAAAACAUACACUAUAUAUAAAAAAGUAUGUGGACACCCCUUCAAAUUAGUGGGUUCGCCUAUUUCAGCCACACCUGUUGCUGACAAGUAUAUAAAAUCGAACACACAGCCAUGCAAUCUCCAUAGACAAACAUUGUCAGUAGAAUGGCCUUACUGAAGAGCUCAGUGACUUUCAGUGUGGCACCGUCAUAGGAUGCCACCUUUCCAACAAGUCACUUCGUCAAUUUUCAUGUGGAAACAUCAAGGAGCAACAACGUGAAGUGGUAGGCCAGAACAGGACCGCCGAGUGCUGAAGUGCGUAGCGCGUAAAAAUGGUCUGUCCUUGGUUGCAACACUCACUACCGAGUUCCAAACUGCCUCUAGAAGCAACGUCAGCACAAGAACUGUUCGUCGGGAGCUUCAUUAAAUGGGUUUCCAUGGCCAAGCAGCUGCACACAAGCAUAAGAUCACCAUGUGCAAUGCCAAGCGUUAGCAGGAGUGGUGUAAAGCUUGCCGCCAUUGGACUCUGGAGCAGUGGAAACGCAUUCUCUGGAGUGAUGAAUCACGCUUCACCAUCUGUCAGUCCGACGGACAAAUCCGGGUUUGGCGGAUGCCAGGAGAACGCUACCUGCCCCAAUGCAUAGUGGCAACUGUAAAGUUUGGUGGAGGAGGAUUAAUGGUCUGGGGCUGUUUUUCAUGGUUCGGGCUAGGCCCCUUAGUUCUAGUGAAGGGAAAUCUUAACGCUACAGCAUAAAAUGACAUUGUGGCAACAGUUUGGGGAAGGGCCUUUCCUGUUUCAGCAUGACAAUGCUCUUGUGCACAAAGCAAAGUCCUAUCAGAAAUGGUUUGUCGAGAUUGGUGUGGAAGAACUUGACUGGCCUGCACAGAGCCCUGCUCCUCAACCCCAUCGAACACCUUUGGGAUGAAUUGGAACGCAUUCCCAGAAGAGUGGAGGCUGUUAUAGCAGCAAAGGUGGGACCAACUCCAUAUUAAUGUCCAUUGUUUUGGAAUAAGAUGUUUGACGAGCAGGUGUCUACAUACUUUUCAAAUCAAAUCAAAUCAAAUCAAAUUUUAUUGGCCACAUGCGCCGAAUACAACAGGUGCAGACAUUACAGUGAAUGCUUACUUACAGCCCUUAACCAACAGUGCAUUUAUUUUUAACAAUAAAAGUAAAAAUAAAACAACAACAAAAAAAGUGUUGAGAAAAAAAGAGCAGAAGUCAAAUAAAAUAACAGUAGGGAGGCUAUAUAUACAGGGGGGUACAGGUGCAGAGUCAAUGUGCGGGGGCACCGGCUAGUUGAGGUAGUUGAAGUAAUAUGUACAUGUGGGUAGAGUUGAAGUGACUAUGCAUAAAUAAUUAACAGAGUAGCAGCAGCGUAAAAGGAUGGGGUGGGGGGGCAGUGCAAAUAGUCCGGGUAGCCAUGAUUAGCUGUUCAGGAGUCUUAUGGCUUGGAGGUAGAAGCUGUUGAGAAGUCUUUUGGACCUAGACUUGGCACUCCGGUACCGCUUGCCGUGCAGUAGCAGAGAGAACAGUCUAUGACUAGGGUGACUGGAGUCUUUGACAAUUUUGAGGGCCUUCCUCUGACACCGCCUGGUAUAGAGGUCCUGGAUGGCAGGAAGCUUGGCCCCAGUGAUGUACUGGGCCGUACGCACUACCCUCUGUAGUGCCUUGCGGUCGGAGGCCAAGCAGUUGCCAUACCAGGCGGUGAUGCAACCAGUCAGGAUGCUCUCGAUGGUGCAGCUGUAUAAUUUUUUGAGGAUCUGAGGACCCAUGCCAAAUCUUUUCAGUCUCCUGAGGGGGAAUAGGCUUUGUCGUGCCCUUGGUGUGUUUGGACCAUGAUAUUUCGUUGGUGAUGUGGACACCAAGGAACUUGAAGCUCUCAACCUGUUCCACUACAGCCCCGUCGAUGAGAAUGGGGCGUGCUCAGUCCUCUUUUUUUUCCUGUAGUCCACAAUCAUCUCCUUUGUCUUGGUCACGUUGAGGGAGAGGUUGUUAUCCUGGCACCACACGGCCAGGUCUCUGACCUCCUCCCUAUAGGCUGUCUCAUCGUUGUCGGUGAUCAGACCUACCACCUUUUGGUCAUGUAGUGUAGUUGCAUUUCAUUCACUUCAAUUUGAUGAAUUAAACUUGUUCCCUUCCGACCAUCCUUAACCUCACCCUUCAGUGUCCUCCAGCUGUGCGCGUGGGGUGGCGUGUGGUGAUGGUCGCUGUGUCAGCCAGUCUCAGUGGUGUGAUGGGGUAAGAGACGGUCCAGCAGCGCAGGAUGAAGCUCAGUGUUGUAAGUAUCCAUUUUUCAUUACAUUUUGGUAAUUUAGCAGAUGUUCUAAACCAGAACAAUUUACAGUCAGUGCGUUACACUUAAGGUAGUAAAACAACCACAAAUCAGUGAUUGUAAGUAAAGCUUUUCUCAAUAAAGCGGCUAUCAGCAAAAUCAUUGCUAAUAAGAAAAGACAAGCUCAAGUGUUAGUGCAAGAAAGGCAAGUACAACAGUAAGUGUUAUUUUAUUUAUUUUUAUUAGGGGGGUGCUAGGGGGUUCAAACAAGGUACUCUUUGAAGAUAGGUUUUCAGACGCUUAACCUUUACCCAUUCAGACCUCUGGUCAUCUGCCCUGACAAAGACCUGGCUGGGAGAUUUUACUGUACAGGUACUGUGUGUCUACUUAUGUUGGUUUUUGCUCUUUUACUAAACAUUGUGUGUUGUGCUAUUUGUUUUUGUACAGUGAGGCUGUGUGGCUCCAGUUUUCUUCUGCAGGCCUAUUCGUCUGACAGUGGAUUGUGGAGGACAGUGUGCUUAGAUGAAUGGGCUGAUCACCAUGGGAAGGCAGCCUGUCAGCUUUUAGGAUACAGCAGGAGAGACAUACUGUAUCUAGAUUCAGAUUUAUUUUGUUUUUUAUCUUUAUGCCAAUUUUUUAUAGUAUAGAAAAUGGAAUCUUCCCCAUAUGCAUUGUGAGAUAGUCAAGCAAGCAUAAACGUGAAUGUAAAACAGUGGGCAUGUGUUAUGGUAAUUUAUUUCAUUUGUUUGCUAUGGGUUCACAGAGACACAUAUGUUAAAUCUGGCCAACAGAAGACAAAUGCCAGUGGAUUCUUAAUGCUGAAAUCUGGGUCAAGCCCUGAUACACCCAUAAUGCAACAGCUUGCGAGCAGGUCAGUGAAAAAAUGUGAGCCAAUCACAUUUAAUAUCAUACCAUUUCCCAAUGGUAUGAUAUGUUAAACUCUUGAUAACACCGUCUAACUGUAUUUUUGUGAUAUAUUUUACUCUCCUCACGAAACCUGUCCCAGUGUUAAUGGGGUAACCCUGAAGUGCAUAGCUAAGUCAUUAUGUAACUUUCUCAGUAAUUAGUUAUAGAGCAACUUCAUGUAAAGUGUUACCACCUGAUAAACCUCUGUUUCCAGACUGUGGUACCAGAGUAGUCUCCAAUUCGAGUCGUGUAGUGGGGGGCCAGGAGGCCAGUUUGGGGGCCUGGCCAUGGCAGGUCAGCCUCCAGGUCGACGGCUUUCACGUCUGCGGCGGUUCCAUCAUCACCCCCUACUGGAUAGUGACGGCAGCACACUGCGUAGUGGAGUAAGUCCAUAGACAUGCACUAUAUUAUUUAAAUAUAUAUCAUUGGGUAUGUCCAGCACAGUCCACUUCUGAGCGUAUUCUUUUGAAUCUGUGGCAUCCUGGUUAAAUUGACUAGUUUAAUUUCAGUCACUCUUAUCCUGAAGACUGGACAGUACAUGCAGGAUUUGGGAAUCAAAUAUCUACACACUUCAGCCCUGGCCGUUCUUCAGUGAGCCACAUUGUCACCCAUGAUUACAACACAGAGAUGACAAAUGACAUCGCCCUCAUGAGACUCAUUAAACCAUUACAGAUUAAUGGUAGGACUUAUAUUAUCUUGUUGUUCUCCCUUGUCAGCAGACUAUUUCAGCACAAAGACUUCAUGUAGUUAAUAUUUUGCUCAUCGCUAAGCUCAUAGCACAGAAAUGCUUUACUAUUCUUUCUUUCCUAUGCAGAUCAAAUAAGGCCUGUAUGUUUGCCCAAUGUCGGGCUGGACUUCACUGCUCCCCGGAAAUGCUGGAUUUCAGGGUUUGGCAGCACAGUUUCUAGUGGUAAGUCAUCAUUAUGCAAUAUCAUGAGAAUAUACUAAUGACCUGUGUUUGCACUCACUUCAAGAGAGAAAUUAUAUAUAUAUAUAUAUAUAUAUUAUUUUUUUUACAGUUGACUAAAAAAAGAGGUACCAUAUGUACAGCACAUGACAUGGUGUUGAGCAACAUCAUAUUACCAACCCAGUUGUUGUCAAAAUUAAUACCCUGCAUAUCAAUACAAUCAGAAGCCAUUAGAAAUGUUGUAGCUAAGAUCUGUUCUGUUGAGUAUGAUGAAGGGAGAUGUUCGAUGUGUUCACCUGUCUGUCCCAGGGUCAGGCUCCAGCUCUCUGAUGGAAGCUGAGGUGUCACUGAUAGACAGGACCAUCUGUAACAGCUCCUCUGUCUACAAUGGGAAGAUCACAGAGGACAUGAUAUGUGCCGGCAGGCUGGAGGGAGGAGUGGACUCAUGCCAGGUAACAGAUAGUUACCUAUGAGGCACAGUGGGUCAGUUAUUAGCCUGGGUACCAGACCUGGUUGUGCGAUCAUUUCAUUCCUUGCCCUCCUUGUCAUAUGCCAGGAGUUUAAUGAUGGAACAAACAGGUCUGGUACCCAGGCUAGGUCCCUAUAUGUCCAGAGUUUUUACUGGUCCGAUUAAGUGUUUUUAGAAAAACUUAGAGCCCCACUCAUAUUCUCUUUACCAUGAAUGACAAAAUAUAUUUGAAGGUUAAGAAAAAUAAAGACAAAAUCGAUCUAUUAUAUCAUGAAAGUAUCAGGAGUCUACAGUAUGAGGAGCCUAAAUCAUUUAUCACUUGCUCUGUUCAUUCAUGGAGUCAUUCUGAAUAAGAACACCUUAACCUAUAAACAAGAUGUUUAAAGACAGUUGGAUAAGGCUUUCACACUGCCACAGUAAUGUACCUUCGUUCUGUUUCUAUAAAAGUAAAACAAAAGAGUAUCAUACCAGUGGAAUCCCUCAAUCAUACAAUUCCACUUCUCCUGUACAAACAUAGCAGUGACAUUAGGGGUGUUCCUACGUUUUGAACAGAUCAUAUAGAGGGUUUUCAUGCCUUUAUGGAACAUGCUCUCUGGCCUUGGUGAAACAAAACCUCCAUUAUAUACUGUGCCUUUAGCCAGUUAAGUUGGUGAGUGGUGUAUAUCCACUACCACAUUAUGUGAUUGAAUGGCCUGUAAAACAUCAAUACUGAUUAUUCAGUUUCAGAAAAACAAGCUCAAUGAAACUGCACUUAAUAGCAUAGAAACAGAAGACACCCUCUAAUACUCAUUGGAUUGUCUAUUGCAUCAUUCCUUAAAUGUGACAUGUACUCCGUCUCCCAGGGAGACAGUGGUGGCCCGCUUGUGACAGAGAAGGACUCAGUAUGGUGGCUGGUAGGGGACACAAGCUGGGGAGAUGGCUGUGCCCAGAGGAACAAACCAGGCGUCUAUGGCAAUGUCACCUUCUUCCUAGGCUGGAUCUAUGAGCAAAUACAGGUAUAA